AUGGACCUCUCUCAACUUUCUGCGCACUUACCGAAGCUUGGAAAAGAUCGUGAGGCAAUUACGAACGACUUGGAGGAUCUACUUGGGAUCAGAUUACCGGAGAAAGAGAAGGUAUUGAAAGAUUUAGAAGAAGAGGUUUUGGAACCUGUUAAAGAUCUAAGUCAGAGUCUGGGGGGAUGGCAAAUUCAACCACCCAUAGACCUCCCGCUUCCCCGUCUAACCCUGACCCCAUCAUACCAAACACACUCCAUAUUACCCACUUUCAAAGGUCUAAACUCUAAUUUCAUUCAAUGGCGUGAAUCUUUAGCACCUCGCCCACCUGUUCAUCCGAGUCUAUCAUCAUCCUCUUCUAGAGCACCGGGAAAACUGGAGAAUUUCGUUAGGGGAAAAGGAAGUUAUGCUCCUUUUCUUCCUGGUGGUUUAGGAGGAGGUGAUGAAUAUUCUCCUAAAGAAACGCCAGAAGAAGAAGGGGAGUUGGAAGAUGAAGAAGGUUGGAAGACUAGGGCACCGGGUUUGAAAAGGGGUUUGAAGAUUGAAGGAGCCGAAGAAUUUUUAUUGUCUAUGUUGGGCGAAAGGUCUCUCGCACGGAAAGCUAGAAGAAAACGAAGAGAUGGGAGAGAAUCCCCGACGCUUGAGAUAAGUAGAGUGGGAGAAGAAAGUUUGAAGGGGAAAGAUAAAGAUAAGAGGAGGGAGAUACCGGGGAGGAAGAAUGUGGAUGAUUUGUUACCUAUAGGGCGACUACCUGCUCCUACAUCUAGCAAACCGAUCAAAGUCGUGGCGAAGAAAGAAUGGGCUCAUGUGGUGGAUGUUAAUAAACAUCUACUCAAUUUCCAUGAAUUGGUUCCUGAAAUGGCAAGACAAUACCCUUUCGAACUUGACAACUUUCAGAAAGAAGCUGUAUAUCGAUUAGAAAUGGGAGAUUCAGUGUUCGUCGCUGCUCAUACUUCAGCGGGGAAAACGGUCGUGGCAGAAUAUGCUAUUGCUUUAGCUGCGAAACAUAUGACUAGAGCUAUAUAUACUUCUCCUAUAAAAGCUUUAUCGAAUCAGAAAUUCAGAGAUUUCAAGAAUUCUUUUGACCCUUCUACAGUGGGUAUUUUAACGGGGGAUGUACAGAUCAAUCCAGAAGGGAGUUGUUUGAUUAUGACCACGGAAAUUCUCCGUAGUAUGUUAUACAAAGGCGCCGAUCUUAUCCGUGAUGUCGAAUUCGUCAUUUUCGACGAAGUGCAUUAUGUGAACGAUGCAGAGCGUGGAGUGGUUUGGGAAGAAGUCAUCAUAAUGCUUCCUGAUCAUGUGAAUAUCAUCUUGUUAUCGGCUACUGUUCCGAAUACGAAGGAAUUUGCGGAUUGGGUAGGUCGAACAAAGAAAAAAGACAUUUACGUCAUUUCCACCCCCAUGCGUCCAGUCCCACUCGAACAUUAUCUUUACGCAGGUAAAGAACUUCAUAAAAUAGUAAAUUCCAAAUCCCUUUUCCUAUCAUCAGGUUAUACAUCAGCUUCCGAAUCUCUUAAACGUAAACAAGAUAAAGAACGUGAAUUAGCCGGAUUACCUCCACUUUCAAAAACGAAUGGUCGUGGUCAAUCUACUACAAAACCAAAAGAUCUUCCUACUGGUAAAUCUGCCCCUUUUACAAAAAUAGGAGCAGGAAGAACACAUUUAAAUCGUGGAGGAGGUCCCAACGGUUCUUCUAUACAUACAGUCAAUCCAACCGUUAAACAUUCUAAUGCUCCAUUAGGGAAAGGUGGUGGUUUCGGAAGAAGUAAAGGACAAUUAGAUCAAAAUGUUUGGACACAUUUAGUCAAUCAUUUGAAAAAAGGAAACUUGUUACCUGUUGUCAAUUUUGUGUUUAGUAAGAAGAAAUGUGAAGAAUAUGCGGGAUCUUUAAGUGCUUUGGAUCUUUGUAAUCAAAAGGAAAAAAGUGAGGUACAUUUGACUUGGGAAAAAGCUUUGAAUAGGUUAAAAGGGACGGACAAAGUUUUACCUCAAAUUCUACGGAUGAGGGAUCUUAUGUCUAGGGGUAUAGGUGUACAUCAUGGUGGUUUACUUCCACUUGUCAAAGAAAUUGUCGAAAUUCUCUUUUCACGAGGUUUAGUAAAAGUUUUAUUCGCCACUGAAACUUUCGCGAUGGGUGUUAACAUGCCCGCUAAAAGCGUAGUGUUUUCAGGUAUUAGGAAACAUGAUGGACAAAGUUUUAGGAAUUUGUUACCUGGUGAAUAUACGCAAAUGGCUGGUAGGGCGGGUAGAAGAGGUUUAGAUACUACUGGAACUGUUAUCAUACUUGUGGGGGACGAGUUACCCACUCAACACGAACUUCAAGAAAUGAUGCUUGGAGUACCUAAUCGUUUGACCUCGCAAUUCCGCUUGACAUACAAUAUGAUCCUGAACCUUUUACGUGUGGAAGCACUUCGAGUGGAAGAGAUGAUCAAGAGGAGCUUUUCUGAGAAUGCAGCUCAGAAAUUGGCUCCAGAACAACAACGACAAGUAGCACAGACGGAAAAACGACUGGCUCGACUACCUAAACUCACUUGUGAAACUUGUCUUCCUGAUAUUUCACCCUUCUACGACAUCUCUGCUCAAGUAGUCCGAACUCAAGCAUCUUUAUUACGUAUGGCCUCAUGGGCUCCAGCAGGUGGAAAAAUCUUCGCCCCUGGUAGAGUAGUAGUACUUCGUAAUGGUCACCUUCCAGCUAAUAUCGCCGUACUUCUCCGAAAUGCGCCAAGUCUGGUUCGAGAUGGUCUUAAAUCCGAUUCUAAAGCUUUUUACGCUCUGGCUUUGGUCACUGAGAAACAGAAAUCAGGAAAGGAAGAUUUGAAAGAAUCGGAAGUAACACCCAUUUGGCCGCCUGUAUUGCCAAAAGAAUCAUUGGAAAGUUUCACUUGGGAAUUGGUCAUUGUGGAUACGAGUAGUAUUGCUUUUGCGAACUCUACGGCCAUUGUCGACAAAAAAGACAAAACAGCUUGUUCCAAGACAAUGACCGAUCUUGUCGUUUUACACAAAGAACUAUCCUCUUUGCCAGACCUACCAGAAGUCGCUUGGUCACGUUUGACAGAUUUGCAUUUCCAAGAAGACUUGACCAAUCGGAUAAUGUUGGUAGAUCGGUUGAAUAAGAUGGGAUGUCGACAAUGUCCAGAUUUCGAAGAACACUACGCUAUGCAACAUGAGAUCAAGCUCGUGGAAGCUAGUUUGACUCAGUUGAAAUUGUUACUUUCUGACCAGAAUUUGGAGCUGUUACCGGAUUAUGAAUCCCGCGUCGAAGUUUUGAAAAGAUUGCAAUUUAUUGAUGAGAAUUCUACUGUGCUGCUCAAAGGUCGAGUGGCUUGUGAGAUCAACUCGGCUCACGAACUCAUCCUCACCGAACUCAUUUUAGAAAACGCCUUAGCAGACUAUACGCCCCAAGAAGUCGUAGCUUUACUUUCCGUAUUCGUAUUCGUCGAAAAGACAGACGUCAUACCGCAGAUACCUCAGAAUCUAAAGGCAGGCUUGGAUGUCAUAUAUCGUCUAGCGGGUGAAGUGGAGAGAGAACAAGAUGCUUGUCAAGUACAAUAUGAUAGUUUUGAGGAAAAGUUCAAGACAGGUUUAGUGGAGGUGGUUUAUGAAUGGGCUAGGGGUAUGCCAUUCCAACAAAUAACAGAACUCACAGAUGUCCAAGAAGGUACUAUCGUCAGGGUCAUCACUCGACUUGAUGAGACAUGUCGCGAGGUGAGAGACGCAGCUAGGGUGAUUGGAGAUACCGAGUUGUUCAAUAAAAUGGAAGAGGCACAAGGUUUGAUAAAACGUGAUAGUGAGUAUUGUUUGUUUGCUUGUUUGUUCGUGCCAACUGCUGAUGGACAGUUGUUUUUGCCGCAAGUCUGGUGA